GUUGUGUGCUUAAAAGAAUGUUGGAAACCGCACGGUGAGCGAUUGAGUGUUUUCAUCACGGUUCACCAUGUUUAUGUGUACAUAAUGUGCUGUGCUAAAGAAUCUGUGUAGUUUCGGUAGUUACAAAGUGGUGCAUUUUCCCUACCCUCAAAAGCUAAAGCUACUAACAGCAUAGUCGUACCAGCGCAGUGACAAGAAAGGCAGCGAAAGCAAUCGUAAAAUGCUCAAUUCGUCACGCACCUCCGGAUAGAUUCUUAUUGUUGAUCGUUUCGUGAAUGAAACGCUCGCGCGGGGUACGGACGGUGAUAGGAAAGCGGAAAGCAUCGAAGCAUCGUUGAUCAUCGCACCGUCCGGCGGGUGCGGUGCGGUAGUGGGGAAAAAGAUCUUUAAGAAAACGGAGAACUAAGCGACUGAUACUCGCCUCUUCCUCCGCCGAAUUCUCCGACAGUGAUUAGCGCGGUGAUUUUUCAUUCUACAAUCCACCACAAGCGGGCAGACGGCGAGCAGCGAUGGCUUACAUAAAUGUCGCAGAAUGGAGCGCCGAUAUGGUGACGGACUGGUUAAAAGGUCUGGACAACUCGAUGUACCACUAUGUGCAGUCGUUCACCAACAACGGUGUCGGCGGAAAGCAACUGCUCAACAUCCGGCCUUACGAACUAGAGCAGCUCGGUAUGCACGUGAUCGGACACCAGGAAAUCGUGCUGGAGGCUGUAGAAAAUUUGAAAAACUUCAACUACAACCUGGACAAGGAGAACCUACAGUUCCUGGCGCUACACGUCGCGACCGCGGCCCAUUCGCUGACGAAGCAGCUGGAAUUUUCCGACCAGGAAAAGCUCGAGACGGCCGUACUGAAGGAUAUUACGCGCACGAUCACUCACCUGAAGGCGCUGAUCGAGUGGCUCGAUCGGGCACCGUUCCGAGGUCAAAAGAAAUUCGAUGAACUACGGAAACAGUGUAUGCGAUUCGGGCUGGAAGUGGCCACGGUGGCUAUGCGCGACCGGUUCUCCCUGAUGCCAGUACAAGCGAUCCGCCAAAACGCGAUCAAGCUAGCGAACAUCGGUGAAUACAUCAUUAAGGACAUUACCGAUCCCAUCAUCCUGCAGCCUGCGUCGCUCGAUCUGGUAACGCUGAAGAAGCGCGAGUCGGACCUUGGUUUCCUGAUUAUGCAAAGCUUCCAUGGUGUGCACCGCAUCACCGAAAUAAAGUUCAACUCGCCCGCCCACAACUCCGGCAAGGUCGAGGAAGGCGAUGAAAUAGUGCAAAUCAACUACCAGACCGUGGUCGGCUGGGAGUACAAAAAGGUCCUGCUGCAGCUACAGGAAUCACCGCCAGAUGUCCUGCUGACGCUGAAAAAGCGACCCAAACACAUUAAGAUCUACGGCCAAAUCUACAUCAAACCGUACCGCUUGCCGAGCAAGAAGCGAUCACUUCCGUACCGCUGGGGUGAAAGCGUCCCCAGCCCUCGGGCCACCGAUACGUUCGCGUUGCAGGACUUUUCGCUCCUUCCGCUCGAUCGCGUCCCGGAGAAGCACGUCCCGUCCGACACGGAAUCGGACGGCAGCGACAUCCUCACGCCAACCGAUGUCGUGGGCGGUAAGGAGGCGGACAAGGGCGAAACAUUCCGACUGUACCUGCCGAAACCGCGGGCGGUUUUGCAGCGGCGCCAUACGCUGUCCAGUUUCAAGGAUCUGGUCGGUGUAUCCUCGUGGCACGAAGGCCGGAAAGGCAAGCCGCUACUCUCGAGCGACCUGCAGCACUUGCGCGACAAGUCCGUGUCGUUUGGGUUCGGGCUGGAAAUGUCACCCCGACCUACGACGACCUGUCUCGGGCUAGUGGGCGGUGGUGGAGGUGGUGGUGGUGGACCAUCGUCCACUGGCAUCGAUGCAGUAGCGGCCACGGUCGGGGUGUCCGGAAAGUGCAGCAGUUUCGGUGGACUGCAAAGUUCGCUUCCCGAUAUCGUGCCACCGGAAGUUCCUCCCGUAGUCGUACCGAGACAGACCGACUUGCUGGCUGGUACGUCCGUAUGUGCGCCACCGAAUGAUCUUGCAAUCAUCACGGGAGCAGCCAACGGUGGUACCAGCGCCGAUGCGUACAAAGCGGGCGUCUCGAAAGUGGUGCGCUUUGAGUCCAGUUCGAAAGCCGACCAGUGCCACGUGGACACCAAGUACACGUGCAAGGUGGACAGCACGGUGCUGGAAACGUUCGAACCGAUCCCGUACGUCGACGAAGAUCUUCCGCCCGCCGUGCCCGUCGUAGUGCCACCGACUGUCACGGAGCGCGUGAAGCGAUUCGAAUCUUUUGCGAAUCGAACCAAGGCGCCCACCAUUACCAACGGCCAUCACAACGGAAGCACGCCGAGUGGUGGUGUACAAUCCACAGCGAUUUCAAUCGCACCGCCAGCACCACCUACGACAACGCCAUCCACGGUAGCACCGUUGAAGCCGAUACCGAUGCAACGACACCUUUCGAAAGAGCCAGAGCUGGCCGAAGCGAUCAACACGGUGGUUGUGAACCGUGAAAUGGUCAAGCGAGGGCGAUUGGAUAAAAGCUACAGUACGCCGGCGUAUGAUGAUGAACUGAGCGACAUGCCACCUGCGAUAGAACCCCGUAAAGAGCACCUUCAAAAGGCUCCACCUGUGCCACCACCGCGCCCCAAACGAACCCUACCACCCUUUCCGGAACCCGGCUUCGUGUCUUCUCUAAGCAACACACUCGACAGUCGGGACGAUAAUCCAAACAAAUCGAAACUCGCCAACGUAAUCGAUCUAAAGCAAAACCGAACGCAACCACUACCCGCUUCACCGACCCCGAAACCGGCCGAACGCACAGCUAUUCCACCGGUUCCGGCCUCGAGACCGGCGGUUCCCGUGCCGAUAGCGAAAAUCGUACCCACACCGAACGAACCGCCACCAUCACCAUCAGUUCCGGUGGCGCCGCCAAGUAGUAGCACCGGAACCACCACCACCACCACCGUUCCGAGCCUUCCAACCGGAGAUUCGAGCUCGGAACUGUUGACCCCAAACAAAACCAAGAGUCUUACGUUGAAGAAGAAAAACUCACUCCUUUCGAAGCGCCGAAAUGUCUCACUAAAGACACUCUGUGUUAGCGACAUCCAGGGUCAUUUGUACCGACGUACGAAGGACCGCAACGGUGUUUCGUAUUGGGCGAAAUACUACUUCGUUCUAAUCGAGACCACCCUGUACGGGUUCCGCAGCAAAGAGGCACCGAAAGCGAACAGCAUGAUCUUUCUGUCGGGCUUUACCAUCUCCCAUGCCAAGGAGGUCCAUUCGCGGCCGCACGCCUUCAAGGUGUACCAUCCGUACAAGACGUUCUACUUCGCGGCCGAAACGCAGGACGCACUCGUCCAGUGGAUGGAGUACAUCAAGCAGGCGACGCUCAAGGGUGUCACGGUGGGUGGCGGAACGGGAGGUGGAUCAACCGGUGCCACCCAGCACACGCCGUCGGAGUUUGACGCGAAAAAUCUGUACUCCGAAACGGACAGUUCCGACGAGGAGCUCGGGUUGAUGGAUAGCACCACAAAGUUGAAUCUUCUCUGUACUCCAUCGCCACAGCUGGCCGGUGCCGGUGGCAACGGAUCGCACUCGAUGAUUGCGGCCAGCAAUAGCACUCCGACAUCGUCCAAGCCGGAUCGAUUCAAUUUUGGUUCGUUAAAAAAGUUUACCAAGAUCGGAUCGGAUACAAGUCACCAGAGCCAUCAAUCCGGUAAUGCUGGUGGUGGUGGAGGAGGAGGACCAGGAGCAACAGGCAGUGGUUUGAAUGGUCCUGGUGGAGGAAAUGGAGGUAGUGGUGGUGGGGAGGGUAGCAAGUUUUUUGGGCUUUUCUCCUCCCAUCGAAGCGUGGAGAAAAGUAACUCGAGUGAAAUGCCAGUGCCAACGCCACAGUUCAAAAGCUACCGAAAGGUGCCGGGAGCCGGUGGGCUUCAGAUCGGGACGGCUUCAGUUUCGCCCGAGAGCGGUUACCCACUCUCAACGGGGAUGGCGUCCACAUCCGCCGGCAUGGCACACGCUGCCGAUGGAGGUAACUUUAGUGCCAGCAAUCUUUCACUCGCAUCCGGUUCGGGUUCCUCGAUUCCGGUACCACGCGAAACUGUAGAGAACCGGCCUGCCGCCGCCGUUCCUCCUCCCCCUCCCCGAGCGGCCACCCCGACACCGGCCCCUCCACCGCCACCGCCACCGGUGAUCAUUCGCGAGCCACCCGCUACACCGACGAUGAGUGAAGCGGCCGAGUUGCUGAAUCGUGCCCGCAAAACGAAACGUAUCUCGCCGCACAACUACAUUCACGCGUCCAACCCGAACCUGGUGGAGUUCGAUUUUACGACGUCGAAAGCGAUGGAUUUUACCGUGCCGAAGAUACACGCCGGCAACACCUGGGACACGGGGUCGCACUCGCACAGCGGCAACCUCCAGUCGAUGAUCACGCUGAAGGAUCUGAUGCUGCAGAAGCAGGCGGAGGAGGCGCAGGAUAUGUACAACAAGCGGGUGUGUCUCGGUGUCGAGAAGCUGGACGAUCGGAAGGGUGGCAAAAGGCCGACGGGAUCGAACGCGGAUGGGCAGGGUCAGCUUUCUGCAACGACGGCACCGGCACCAGCGAUUCCCGAAGCGGUAAAACAAAUCCAGCGACGGCAGUUACCGAUCACUCCCGAUUACGCGCAAAGUUUCAAGCUGGACGAUGAGGAUAUUCUGUACACGCGCAGCAAGGAGGGUCAAAAGUUGCGCGAUUUCGGGUACGAAAUGAUUUCCGGCGACGAUCCGUAUGAUCAACGAAACAAAACGAACCGCACCGGUGGAGCAGGAGCUCUCGCUGGUAGUUCAAGUUUGAACGCCAGUGGCGUAACCAUCGGUGGAGCUAACAUCAUCACUAGCAGCAGUUCCACUGGCGCGGGAGGAAGUAGCGGUGGUGGUGGUGGAUCGAUAAAGAAAAAAACCUUCAAUUGGAUAAACUCUGGUGAUCGCAAGGUCGCACCGGAUGCGUCCGAAUCUGUAGGAGGUUCGAUGAUGACGGGUGCUGGUGUCGUAUCGUCGUCAUCUUCUUCCUCGCUUUCGGUUUCCAGUUCGAACACAGCGGAGCAACAUCACCACCAUCGGAGUGGACUUUCGCUGCGGGAUAGUUUCAAGCGGGGCAAGAACAAGGCUCGGUUGGAAAACUUUAAGGCGAGUAGCGAGAAACUGUUCCAGUUCAAACAGUCUGCACCGGGGGGUGGUGGUGGUGGCUCUAGUGGCGUUGGUGCUAGCAGCAACAACAACGAUAAGGAAUCGCUCAAAACGAAGCAGCUCGACAAACCGGCCACGCCGGGGGCGAUAGUGAAUGUAAACCUGAAACACCAACCGGCGCUCAUUCCGUUCUCGGGCGUCAUCGGUGGUGGAAAGAAGAACAACAACGAACUGAAUGCAGCCUUCGAGCAACAUUCUGCACUGCUCUUUCAGCAGGUGGUCGGAGGCGUCGGGGACGCUGGUCCUAGUGCUGGUCCCUCUAGUGGUGUGGGACUUUUCGGCACGGGAGGAAUAAAAAAAUCCAACACAUGCAAUAGUUCGUCGGAUUUUAAGGAAAACUCGGGCAAGCAACAAAAUAUGCGGAAAAAUUCGGCCCCAGAGCGAGGCGCCAAUGGAAGUGGUGGUGGUGCUUUUGGUGGAAGUGGUUCAGCGGGGAGUGGAAACGGUGGAGGUGGAGCUAGUAGUGGUGGUGCGACAUCCUACUUCACGAAGCUUAGCUUCGGUUCGACAAAGACUGCGAAGGAGAAAAAGUUACUUGGGUCACCCGGGUUACAUCGGGCGAUUUUCGGUAAGAACCACCAACAGCAUCACCAUGGACCGGAUCAGCCGAUCGAUCAUGAGGUGUUCUCUCCGAUUUCCUACACCAAGGUUCCUUCACAGGGAAUCCAACAGUUACCAACGGACUCCGGUGCUGCGCUUCCGAUGGCGACAACCGCUGGUGGCAACGGGAUCCCCUCGGUGAUGACGGCCAGCACCACCUCGACGGGUACCAUCCUAACAACCAAUUUCGGCCCGAAUCAACCUGCCGUUGCUCCGACCGUACUCGACUAUCCCAACAUGGAAUAUCCACCGGUGUUCGAACCGGAAACGUACUCGCUGAGCGAUCCCAGCACGAGCCUGACGCUGCUGAAACGCCGCCAGAAUCACCACCACCAUCAACCACACCCGCACCAUCAUUCGCACCAGCAGAAAUGACGACGUGGCAAGAAACUGCUCCCAACACUGCGGGAGAAUGAAAUCGGCUAAGAUAGCAAUCAAAAAGUAUAGCCAUCGAUAAGAAACGCGCGGACGGAAUGGUGUUUUUAAUUAUUGUAAUCGUACUUUUAAUUUGUUUAAGUGUUAUAGUAUUAUUUUGCCCCCAGGGCGCGAUGAGGAGGCGUCCGCGAGGUUUGGGUUCGAAACCACACAAAAUGUUAAGCAAAACCUAAAAGAAGCUUUACCUCCUUUCACCACGUAGGAUUUCUUGUAGCCCCUAGAAAGGCAAUGCCAUGGAUGUAAGUAAAAAUCCAAUACGCUGAUAUUGUACUAAAUGAUAGAAAACGGAAGGAAUGAAAGGCAGAGGAGCCUUGGGAGAACUUUACCAUCCCCCGCUUUGGGGCGGAGUGAUAAACGGAUAGAUUCGUCGCUUUGGGAGAAAUUGGAAAGCGGAAAUAAAACUACAAUACUGUUCAAUUGUGAUGUUAGAGCAUAUACGGUGACAUGUAUUUCCGUUCGGUGCACGUGCACGAGCUCACUUUAGAUUCCCUUUUUUCGUACCCUAAAAGUAUGGCAUGGAAUAAGAUCGGCAGAGACUGUAGGCAAAGCAACUGAUUGGUUGGUCUAAAGAUAAGCGGAAAAAUAUAGAAAUGGAACUAUCUAUGAAAAAUCCAUUUAACUUAUGAAUCGUUCGUUGUUCUUAGAGAAUUUAACUAGAUCAGAUCUGGCAAAAAGACAAGGGAAUAUACUACAGUUCGCACUGUUACUGGAAUGAGCACAUCGUUCUCCUUGUGGCUCGAUCGAAACUUUACGGAAAACACCAAAAUUGAAGCUGUUACGAAUCACGUGUUUGUAGUCGUUAGUAGAUGUUGAGCGUUUAGCUCCUGUAGACGAUCCUCCCGCUUCCACACUCCGCUAUGCGUGCCGGUACAUUCCAAUGCUGUGUUUAUGUGCCCAAGGAUUCGUGAGCCAUUGGUUAAUCGUAAUACCAUAACCACUAGUUCCUCUCAGAAUAGAAACGCAUCUAUACUAUCGAGACUAAGCAAUGUGAAAGAAGAUUAGUAUAGAAGUGUGUACGUGUUUCGCAUUUCAUUGUUAAGCCCUGUUUCUGCACAAACAUGAUAUAAUAAAAUAGUGCCUUACGAGUACA